AUGGCCAAGUACUCGAUUCACAACCUCGCCAAAGUCGGCUCACUGGCACCCAGGACAGUGACUUCGCUCACAGCCGAGUUAUCGCAAAUGACAAUAGAGACGGACGCAAGAAGACAAGUACAAGAAAACAUUAGAAGGUUAAAGGAUAUCGGAUCGUACAGAGGUAGACGGCACGCCAUGGGUCUGCCAGCCCGUGGUCAACGAACAAGGACACAGACUGCAACGGCCAACAAGCUCAACAGAGUUGAUCGAAGGGCUUAG